AUGGCCCGCCACCGCUCCAAGACCGCCUCUGCCAAGGGUCUUCCCCCAAAGAAGACGAGUGUCAAGGCCCCUGCUUCUGUCAAGGAUGACAAGUUGAUUCUUCUUUGGAUGUGCCUAUCACACCAUUCAGGUGAAAUUGACUUUGACGCCGUUGGAGCCGCCUAUGGCAUAUCCCGCAACUCAGCCCAGCAGCGCUUCUAUCGGUUGCGUACGUACAUGACAAUGCAGGCACUCCCCGGUAAGACAGCACCCGUUCAGGCACCUACCACCGAUGAGGAACCUCUCGAGGAGGACAACGAGGUCGAGGAGGACAGUGAAAAAGAGGAUGGAGAUGACUUCUAG